AUGUCGGUGAUUUUCCAGCAGAAUCCCGGCACGAGUCUCGGUGCGACGUCGUCGAGCUCGAAUCUCACCGAUUUCGACGAGAGCGUCUCGCUCGUCGACAUUCUGUUGCCGAACGUCUCGUCGAUGCUCAUCGACGCCGAAACGCAUCGAUUGAUAAGCGGAAUGUGUCGCGACGUGUUUUUUCUGCGCAACGAGACGAUUCGUAUCCGAUAUUGGGACCUCGCAAUUCUGAUACCCAACCUAAUUUUUCUGAUAUUCCUGUUGGCAAAAUGUCGAGUGAUGUGCUCGCGAACGCUUAUUCGAAACGAUCCGGUGUUUCGGUCAUUCUUCAUUCUCGCCUACAUCUCGUCCAUCAUGAAUAUCGUCCGCUCGUUCUAUUCGAUGACGAUAUCGGUGACGAAUCCUCCCGAGCACACAAUUGAUCAGUCAUUAUGGUUCGCAAUUAAAUUCGUCUAUCUCACCGCCGAGCUCUGUGUGCUCUCAUUCGCGUUGCUCUUCGGCCAUUUCGACAACAUCAAAAAUCUCGGAAUCGCGAUAUUCGUCACAUUGAUGAUAUCCGUUCCGCAUACCGCCGUCCAAAUGCUACUCGAGAUGCGUUUGGUGCCGACCGAUUCGAUCUACAACGCGUAUUUCGACGUCGACGCCGAUCUCACCACGAUUUUCUGGAUAUUCUCGUCGAUGUUCGUCUCAAUGAUCUAUUUGAUAUACAUGUUCGUCGCUCUCGUGUUUUGCCGAAAAUUCACGAAAUUGCCGAGUCGGCCGUCGUUUGUCGUUUUUUGCGUCUUCAUGAUUUCAUUGAAUAUUCUCCAAGCACUCGGCGCGGUUUUGCUUCUCCUCAAAUCGUUUGACGGAUUUUGUUUUGUCGCAUUUUCAACGUAUGCUUACUUCUUCUCCUAUUCGCCGAUUCUCUAUUUCGCGUUUCUUCGGAAGAAAUUAAAUAUUCCGCCGAAUAAUUCGAGUGGAAUGUUCAUGUAUCGGAAGCACGAGGACGAGUUUGGCGAAUUGCCAGAAUCCUAUUUUCCGAGAUUUUCUGGUCUGAUUUCGUCGUCCUAUGAUGAUUUGUUUGAUUAUAGCCGAGAUCGCCGAUUUGGUCAAUAUUCGACGGCUGAUUAUUUGGUCACGAAUACACCGUUGAUCUCAUCGGCGGGUACGGUAGAAUCGACAGUAACCGCGAAGACGUGUCACGACGAGAGCGAGCAGUUGUUCGAUACACUCUCAACGGCGCGCCACCUCAAAGGACUGGGUCCGCAAGGCUCGCUGGUGUUCGCCGACACAUUGAAAUGA